AUGUCGUGUUCACCUUCUACUAGAAGAACACUUUCACCAACUCAAAUAUCAUGUUCACCUACCAGAAGAUCAGCUUCGCCAGCUCAAAGAUCAUGUGAAGAACAAAUCAUGAUCAAUUUAGAAGACAAAAUGCUCCAGAUUUCAACUGGUUUAGGAAAUUCAUUACAGCUUGAUCUCACUCACACUUGGGCUGAAAUACAAAUAACGCAUCACAAUAGAAAGAUCCUUCGUGGAGCUGCUGAGAUAGGAAAAGAACAACCCUCUCAUGUGAAAAUCAAAAGGAAGCGUUGGUAUGACGAUGAUAAUUAUGCUGAUAAAUCUAAACCACCAGAGAUGAUUGUCCAGGUUCUUAACGUACAAACUGGAAAUAGAAGUAUUGGUCCUGAAAAAUUGGCUGCAGAUGACAAAUAG